ACCCGGUGAUGUUGGCUGUUUCCUGCUCUUUCAGCCCGACUGCCGAAGCCUCUGUUUGCAGCUCGGCAAGACGCUCAACUUGGAUCUAGUACGCUUUAAUCAAAGCUAUAGAAAAUCAGUUGAUAAAUCCACAACCAACAGACAGCAAUGCGAAGGAAAUCAAGGAUAUUACUGUGCUUUGCGGUCCUCUGGGUGCUUGGCAUAGCGUAUUAUUUCUAUUCGGGAACAACAUUAAAUCGAAAGGAUGACUGGAGUGCAAGUGACUCGUCGAGUAAACACCAAGCCCUCAGCAACGCUGACGACAAAACCCACAGUCUGGAGACGCUGGCACCAGGCAAGGUGCGGUGGCAGGACUUUGACCAGGACCUGUACGUGGGGGCGACGGUGGUACGGCCAGGCCAGGACCCCUACGCCCGGAACAAGUUCAACCAGGUGGAGAGCGACAAGCUCCACAUGGACCGCGGCGUGCCCGACACGCGACAUGACCACUGCAAACAUAAACAGUGGAAGACGGAGCUGCCGUCGUCUAGUGUCGUCAUCACCUUCCACAACGAGGCGCGCUCCGCCCUGCUGCGCACCGUGGUCAGCGUCUUGAAGAAGAGCCCCGCCCACCUGGUGAAGGAGAUCAUCCUGGUGGACGACUAUAGUGACAACGCUGAGGACGGGGCCUUGCUGGGGAAGAUCGAGAAGAUCCGGGUCCUCCGCAACGACCGGCGGGAAGGUCUGAUGAGGUCCAGGGUCCGAGGGGCCGAUGCUGCUACUGCCUCUGUCCUCACCUUCCUGGACAGCCACUGCGAGUGUAACGAACACUGGCUAGAGCCCUUGCUGGAGAGGGUGGCUGAGGACAAGACGCGGGUAGUGUCCCCCAUCAUCGACGUCAUCAACAUGGACAACUUCCAGUACGUGGGCGCCUCUGCAGACCUCAAAGGAGGGUUUGACUGGAACCUGGUAUUCAAAUGGGACUACAUGACUCUGGAGCAGAGGAGGGCCCGCCAGGGGAACCCCAUAGCCCCCAUCAAGACUCCUAUGAUAGCUGGAGGACUCUUUGUGAUGGACAAGGACUACUUUGAGGAGCUGGGGAAGUAUGACAUGAUGAUGGACGUGUGGGGAGGAGAGAACCUUGAGAUCUCGUUCCGUGUGUGGCAGUGUGCGGGCAGCUUGGAGAUCAUCCCUUGCAGCAGAGUGGGUCACGUCUUCAGGAAGCAGCAUCCCUACACCUUCCCAGGAGGCAGUGGGACUGUGUUUGCCCGGAACACGCGGAGAGCUGCGGAGGUGUGGAUGGACGAGUUUAAGAACUUCUACUACGCUGCCGUGCCCUCGGCCAGAAACGUGCCCUAUGGCAACAUCCAGAGUAGGCUGGAGAUGAAGAAGAGACUGGGCUGCAAGCCCUUCAAGUGGUACCUGGAGAACGUCUACCCUGAGCUCAGAGUUCCAGAUCACCAGGACAUAGCCUUUGGAGCACUGCAACAGGGGGGAAACUGCCUGGACACCCUGGGUCACUUUGCCGAUGGCGUAGUGGGCGUGUACGAGUGUCACAAUGCCGGUGGCAAUCAGGAGUGGGCCCUGACUAAAGACAAGUCUGUGAAGCACAUGGACCUGUGUUUGACGGUGGUGGAGCGCACGGCAGCGUCGCUAAUCAAACUGCAGGGCUGCCGGGAGAACGACAGCAGACAGAAAUGGGAGCAGAUCGAGAGCAACUCCAAGCUGCGUCACGUGGGCAGCAACCUGUGUCUGGACAGCCGCAGCGCGCGGGUCGGAGGCCUCACUGUGGAGGUCUGCAGCUCCAACCUCAACCAGCAGUGGAAGUUCACUCUCAAUCUCCAGCCCUAGAGACUCCACACACACAGACAACAUCCGCGACACACCUCCUCCUGCAAUUCCUCCACCCUCAAACCUCCUCUCCAUUCCAGCCGUUGGGGGGAGGGGGGGGGGGGAUGCAGCCAACCAAUUGCACCACCCGGUACCACCCCAUACACGCCUUCUGGGGUGGGGCUUGUCCAUUUAUGGAGAGAGGUAGGAUGGGAAGUAAACUAAGGUGGGGUGGUGGCAGUAGUGGGGUUGAUGAAAGUGAAGAUGAUGUUUUCCAUCCAACUACAUACCUCAGUGUUUUAUCUUUGGUCCUGCUCUUGGAGAGAGAAAGUACCUUUUAUUUACUUCAAUCCAGGUGAAAUGGAAUGAUUCGGUGACCUAGUUUCUUUGAAUUUGAUGAACGUUUUUUUUUUCUUUUAACUUUUUCUUAUUUCCACCGAAUAUCACAGAAUAUUUCCUGAAAUGGAAGUGACUAUUUCUUUCUUAGUUUUUUCUUCUCUCAAGUAAUCUAUUGUUGUGGAAUGGAAAGACGUAUUCUACAGAGGUUUCCUAGAGAUGCAGACCUGGGCGCAGGUGGAAGGUUGGAGUUUGAGUUUGGGCUUGAGCCUGCUCUCUGAAGAGAACGGAAAGCUAUGCGCUGAACACACCUAUGUUCACUUACGCUCAGCCCUGAUUGGCCACUUGGAUGGCAUGAACAAAUAAAUGAAAAAUAUUUAUAAUUUCUACGGAGUGUGAUUGUCCUCCUAUCCCAUGUGAUGUGAGACCAUGUCAGAAUAUCUUGGGGUCAAAGAGUUGACCAGAACAUAGAAAUUCAACCAGGACAUGGACCCAAGUCUGCUGGCAGGUCCUUAUGCAGUAGCACUGGCUGCUAUGCUCAUCCACCCUCCAUCACAACCUGUCAGAAAGUACAUACAGUAUAUUUUCUUUCAUGUUUUUCUUUGUUUUCUUUGGCAAAGCAGUACUCUGUCCAACUUGUUUUAAUGUUUCAGUUGUUGUGCUCUCAAGCAAAAAGUAAAACAAUGUUUUGUGUAUUGUAGAAUAAUCAAAUGAGUAAGAUGGUUAAUUGAAUGGAUAUUUCUGUUUCUAAUCUCUCUGGUUGCUCUAGGACUGUUCCCUUGUGAGAAACACUGUCUACUUCCUUUUCCUGUGUCAGUGUUGCCAUGGUACUUCUAUGUAUUAUUGAUUACCGCACAUCAAAUUAUAUUGCUUACAGAGUAAAGUGGGAACCAUACUAUCUGUGCUAUAAGUGUUUUUGAGAUGUCAUCUGACAGCAUUCUCAUAAUGUACUUUGGGAGUCCUUAAGAGUCCUUAUUAUGGUCUAUCACGGAUGAUCUGCCAUUUCUAGAAAAAUGUGUGUGUCCGUUUGAGGUUACUGACAAGAAAGAACAGCAUGUUUCAUCAUUCUUCACUUUUCUGUAACUUCUGUUAUUAUUUUGUGUACCCGUGUCCGUGUAUUUUUACCUACUUUGUGACUGAUGCCUUGCCUUUUCUAAUAUCUACCCUACUGUAAGGAGUAUCUUUGUGUUGUUGGGCCACACUGCCCCCUGCUGGACUCACAAGGGAGAAAAGCAAUAAGAUUACCUGUUUCCUGUAACGUCUGGCAUUUGCUGUGAAUUUUGCUUUCAUUAUCCUCCUCUUGUUCUGUAACAAGACAUCUGUAGUACUGAUGAGGCCCAGCAGACACAGGCCACCUAUACUGACAAGGCCGAGGUGACCAAAUUGGAUUGGCUCAUAGUUUUGUUGUGUCCAGGAUCAAGCCACCAUGUUAUAAAGAUUAACCUACUCAGCAACCAACUACUCAUUCAGUACUACUUGGCUAACAGUGUUUUCCUUUGCCGUUUUUCGUGUAGAAACUCAUCUCCAGUCAGCCCAGAGCCCAGUACUCGAUACAGGCACCCUUCCUUUCCAACUCCUUGUAAGAGAACUGCUGAUCCAACUUAACGGUAAAGGAGAAUAAGUAUUUGUAUAGGGCCCUAAAACUUCUUUAGUUGGAAAGGAUAAAGCCCUUUUACACAGGUACUUCUAACUGAACAGCCACACUGACCUUGGGACUGUAGUUGUAGGGCAGGAGCAGGGGGGGGGGGGGGGGGGGGGGCUGGUCCACAGCUGCCUGAUCCAACUUCUCCAGUAUGAAAGAUAGUAGCCAAUCGGUGAGGUGGCGUGAUCCAAUCAGAAACUUGGAGGACAGCUGGGCUGAAAAGGCAGGGCUAAUGGGGAAGUCUGAUUUGAUGACAACAAAGAUCACAUGGUGGAAAUGUUUUGAUUGAAUGUUCGACAUCUUAUUGGACGUCCCCCUUUCCUUUCUUCUGUCAGAUCUCCUCCUUCUGUGCUUGUGAGGAGAGGAAGAAUUGUGUAAAGGCUUAUGAGAUGCUUUGGGUUAUUUUUAAUAUCAACCAGUUUUACACAAAGACAGGCAAAUCAGUUUGCCAUUUAUUUUCCUUAAUUCUGGUAAUGCGGGAGAGGAGAAAUCAUCCUAGAAAUACAAACACAUUUUAAUUGGAUGAAAUGUUUACAUAGCACAAUGUGCCAAAGUUAUUUACUAUUUGAUUUGCAUUGUCAAUAUAUUUGUACUCAAGAUUGGGACUGGGACAAGUAUAAUUCCCACUGACAUAAUUACAGAUAAUAAACCAAAUUCGGAAUCAUAAAAAUAGUAAUUUGAGAUAUUAUCUAGUAUGGUGUGUUCAUCUUAAAAAUAGAACUAUUGUUUGCUGUAGGACAAUUGGAUACAUUGGAAUUUAAAAUCAUGUGGAGUGGCCUGGAGUUAGCAUUGGGGUAACAAUGUAAAAGUGUAUAUGUUUGUAUAUACAGUACGAUUGUGUCUGUACAGUAUGUACAUAUAUACACAUAAGCAACAGCGGUUACUAGUUAGUUGGUCUACUGUACAGCGCUUCUAAUUGUUCAUUGUUUUAUAGAUAUGGCAGGAAUUCAACUUUGAAUGAGAAAAAAUGAUUAACUUAAAUAAAUGCAUUUAUAUACAAACAAGACCAAGAGUUUCAUCUAGACCUUGUGUUGUCCAACAUUUUAA